AUGUAUUUAAUUUUCUUUUCGCUACUAUUUUUAUCAUAUUGUCAAGAUCCUACAGUUUUUAAGGCAUCUGACAAGGUCUCAUAUAUAAUAAAGGAUAGAAUAUAGAGACCAAAUGACUUGCUUUUCUUUACAGAAGGUCUGACAUUUAUUGCAGAUGACAUGUUAUUGGAGAGCACAGGGUUGUAUGGAGAUUCCGAGAUACAUUACAUUGACAAUAUAUUUGAUAAAUAGAAUAUUGGACUGAAAGCACGAUAGCCCAUUGGCAAAUAAUAUUUUGGGGAGGGGUGUUCAAAAAUAAAAAACAAAAACGGAAAAGAUGAGAUCUAUAUGUUAACUUGGAAAGAGAGAAAAGCAUUUCUAUUGAAUAGCAAUUUGCAAUUGGUUUAGGAAUUAGAAAUCCCAGGAGAAAUCUAGGAAGGGUGGGGAAUGACAUCUUAUAGGAAUAGCGAUGAUGAAGACAUAUUGUUAAUUUCUGAUGGAACAAAUAGAUUGUAUCAUUUAGACCCAAGCGAUUUUAAAGUGAAGAAAACUGUAAGUGUUCGUUUGGAGAAUGGAAGUGAUCUCAAUAAAUUAAAUGAACUAGAAAUUAUUGGAGAUGGAACAAUUUUAGCAAACAUUUAUGAAACCCCUUUUAUUGCCUAAAUAGAUCCACAUGACGGAAAGUUAAUUGACAUUCUUGACUUUACUGCAUUGAUCUAGGAUGUAGAGAGUGUGAAGGGUAAGGGAUAUGCAGACCCUAUGUUUAACAAGGUAUUAAAUGGGAUAGCCUAUAAAGAUGGCAAUUUAAUAUUAGGUGGUAAACAAUGGCCAUAUUUUUAUUAAAUUGAAUUAUAAUCAUAAUAAUCAUAAUGA